UCUCGUAGAUUGAUUUUCCUCUCCCAUGACCAUGGCUGGCGGCGGCUGGUCUGAUCUGCCGCUGGAUCUCUUCUCCCUCAUCUUCUCCAAACUCUCCCUUCCUCAAUUUCUCCGGUCGGCCGCCGUCUGUGCUUCGUGGUCGUCUGCCGUCGGCGAUCUGUCUGCGCGCGGCAGAUGUCUUAAGUUCCGCGGGCAGAGCCCCUGGCUCAUGCUGAUCGACGAUGACGACAACCCAUCCUCCGUCGUCACGUUCUACGCCUUGGACGAGGCAAGGGAGUACACCAUCCCCGUCCCGGACCCUCCCACAACCGACCGAAUCUUCCUCGGCUCUGCUUACGGUUGGAUCAUCACCAUGAACGUCAGCCUCCGGGUUCAACUGCUGAACCCGAUCACCGGCGCGCAGAUCGACCUCCCUGGCGUCGUCUUCCCCUCCGAGCACACCCACCCCUUCCGCGACAGUGCAGGGCUUCUAAUCGGCUUCAAGAUACUAAUGAACGAAGAAGAGCAGGUACGGCGUAGAUACAGUUAUAUCGAGUGUCUAGAACAGCUCAACCUCAAAGCAAUCCUAUCUGCUGAUCCGUCGCUCGGAGAUGGCUACACAGUCGCGCUCAUCCAACAUCCUCCCGGGAGAAUCUUGUUCAUCAGCUCCGGCGACGGCGAGAAUUGGUUGGAAUUACGUAACCACCCCAAUUUAAUUGAAAAUACAGCCUUCCAUAAAGGGAAACUGUAUAUGAGUACACUACAUUCGGUAGUGUAUGUUUGUGACUUGGACGAGGCGGCCCGCCGAAUUCAACAUGGCGAGAUGCCCAGAUUUAGAGUGGUCGAUCGACCCCUGCAUCGUAGCCAACUACACUACCACUACUUUUUCGAGACUCCCCGAGGGGAUCUUUUGAGUAUUUGGAGGGAGAAAACUGAAAAUCAUAAGAAGACCAUCUCUGUCAAGGUUUACAGGGUGAUAGAUGAGGAGGAGGAGGAGGAGGAGAAGCCACCUAAAAGACUAAGAGUAGAAAAAACGAUGGACAAGGAAGAGUUUGUUAUCUUCUCCGACAGCGGAUACAGUGCGGUGGUGGAUAAGGAAGCGUCGAUGCUGAGGGAAGAAGCCAAGGACUUGGGAGACUUAGUCGUCUUCUUGGGCGGCCGCGACCCACUUGGCUUUUCUCCAUAUGAUUUUCCAGUACGUUUGACGCCUAAUUCUAUAUAUUUCACGGAUGACGACUACGGUCUGAUAGAGAUUCCAGGAGAACCAAUUCUUCUUGAACAAGAAUGGUUCAGAAAUUUUCUGAAUCAUCCCAAUUCAAUUGACUUUAGCACAGACAAGACUUCCGUCGACGUCCGAUUAUAUUGGCAGCCUCCCUCAAGCUCCAUUAAUUAGAUUCUACUGUUUAAUUUUAUGUUGAAACCAUUUACUUUAUAUCAA